AAACACUCAAGAUAUUUCUCUUAAAUGGGAAAAGGCGUUAACACAGUCUUUAGGCCAGCAGAAUGGGACAAUUCGGAGGAGAAGGAAAGACCCAAGUUGGAGUACUUGGUGACCAACAAGAAGACUCCGCCGGUGGAACUCUACCUCACGUCAUUCGCCUCCGCCUGCAGUGCCGAGAUCGUGGGCUAUCCCUUCGACAUGUGCAAGACCCGGAUGCAGAUCCAGGGCGAGAUCGCGAGCAGGGUGGGUCAGAAGGUCAAGUAUCGGGGACUGCUGGCCACUGCCAUGGGCAUCGUCAGGGAGGAGGGUCUGCUGAAGCUCUACGGUGGCAUAUCCGCCAUGGUGUUUCGCCACUCGCUCUUCAGUGGCAUCAAAAUGCUGACCUACGACUAUAUGCGUGAGAAGAUGAUCGUGCCCGACGUGGACGGGAAGCCACAGUUAUCAUUCCUGGGAUCCUGCAUCAGUGGCGUCGUGGCCGGCGCAACUGCCAGCGUACUAACCAAUCCCACGGAGCUGAUUAAGAUCCAGAUGCAGAUGGAGGGACAGCGGCGUCUAAGGGGCGAGCCUCCACGCAUCCACAAUGUGCUCCAGGCCCUGACUUCCAUUUACAGGACGGGUGGUGUGGUGGGUCUCUGGAAGGGAACUGUUCCAAACACGUGGCGCUCGGCACUCGUGACCAUAGGGGACGUCAGUUGCUAUGACUUUUGCAAACGGUUUCUGAUUGCCGAGUUCGAUCUGGUGGAUAACCGAGAAGUCCAGUUCCUAGCCGCCAUGACCGCCGGCGUAGCGGAUGCCAUUCUGAGCUUGCCGGCGGACGUGGUCAAGUCCCGGAUCAUGAAUCAGCCAACCGAUGGGCAGGGACGCGGCAUUCAUUACAAGGGCUCCCUGGAUUGCUUAAGUAGGUUGGUUAGAGAGGAGGGCUUUUUGGCAAUGUACAAGGGAUUCAUUCCAUAUUGGAUGCGUGUCGGACCUGCCUCGGUGGUGUUCUGGAUGACCUUCGAGCAGAUUAGACGUUUUCGUGGCAGUGAAGGUUACUAGCAGUUUAAAAUAUACCAGAGUGAAAUAUCAUUAA